AAGUCGAUCAGUCUAUAGUGCCUCUCACUUGCUUGCGCCCAUCAGCCCAAGGCUUUGUGCGCAAUGCAGCCUGCCGGACCUGGAAUGGGCUGGAAUGCCGGCCAGCCAGCGUUCAGAGUGAUGAGGCCUCGCACGCAAGGCUCAGCUGGCACGCAGUGGCAAGGGCAAGGGCAAGGGCAAGGCUUCGCUCUUCCGAAUAUGAUGGAUGAGGUAUCGCCUAACUCCAAUCUUCGGAGCCCCCGAGUCUCCCGGCCGACGACUCCCACGGGCCACCGCACGCCCACGGGCAAUCGCACGCCCACGGGCAAUCGCACGCCCACGGGGACUGGGAGCCGCACGCCCACGGGGACUGGGAGCCGCACGCCCACGGGGACUGGGAGCCGCACGCCGACGAGUGCUUUGCCUCCCACGGAGACGAUGCUCAGCGGCAUGCGUACUCCGCCCAAAACGGCGCCAGCGCCGUACGAUAGCCGGGAUAGCCGGCGCCCCAGCCACCAACCUGUGCCGCUGGGCACCCCCUGCCGCAUCAUGCGCGAUGUGCGGGGGGCGAACCCUCUGGCCUCUGGCAACGUGACCCCUAGAAGAGCUGAAGCUGGUCGGGGUGGCAACACGCCGGUCAGAUGGGGAGGAGCCACUCCCCCCAAUCAGCCCCUGGCACUCAACAGCUCGGUUCCCUUCUUGGCACCUUACCAAGGCGGCCCUGGCGCUGGGUCGCACCGCUUGCCUCCUGAAAACAUGUCACCUCAGCAGGCGACUGAUGCCGGCAGCAGUGAGGAUGGCUUCAUUGUGGAGGGGCGUUGGCUGCAACCGGGACAGGGUUCCCAGGGCGCACAGACCUACAGUCACAUGCCCCCACUUCAAGAGGGCUUCUAUGUCCCCGAGCCGCCUAUGCCACUGGGGCCCAAGGCCUUGCCUUGGCUUCCAUCCAGAACCUGCGAGGACAAGGACUUCACCAUGCUCACCAAGGAGGACUUCCUGGCGAAGCUGAACGACGUCUGUGAUUCCUUCCAGCCCGAAACCAAAGAGGUCGAAAACUUCGACCUGCAGACCCCUCACCGCACUUUCGAGUUAGCAGCUGCAGAGGGCGCCCUCAGCAGACUGAUGGAGGAAGUCAUGUGGAGCGGGCCGAUCAGGCACAUGGCCAUUUGUGUCAUGGCCCAGCGGGUCAUCAUGCUGGCGGAUUCCAUUAAGAAGAACCCAGACACCCCAGGGGGCAGAGCUUUGAUGGCUGCCUUGCUCUCAUCGGUGAAGCAGAUGUGCGCGGCCAACACCAGCGACGUGACCAUCAACAAGGCAGAGAAGUUCAGCGGCCGAGUGGUGCUCCUUCUGGGGUCUGCAAGUUGCUCUCCAGAAGUUCUCAUCAAGACCUGCUGUGAGAAGUACCGGCAGAUCGAUCACCACUGCAUGAUCACGGCCUUGUCCAUGGGCGCGGAGCCUGCAGGAUCGGCUCAGCUCGGCAAGGCCUUCGCUGCGGCCAUCAACGCCUGGGCGGAUGCAGAGGCCCAAUAUGGGCCGCCGGGCACCGCCGGGGGCGCCGGGCGCCCCGAGCUCUUGGUCCACCUCUUUGGGUCCGCCGGCUUCGCGGCCUGGUCCAAGAUGCUGCGGCUCUGGCACGAGCAGUUCAUGUACCCCGACAACAAGCGAUUGAAUGGCCGAGUGCCGGCCCUUGAGAAGCUCCUGAAGGCGGUGGUCCUGGAUUCCGCGCCAGGUGCGUCUGGCCAACAGAUGCUGGGGGCCUUCCCCAUGGUUCAAGGCGACGCGGCCUUGCUGUCGGCCAUGAACUCCUAUGGCGCAGAUGGCUCGCAGCAGACAGAGGUGACAAAGAUGCAGGCGGCUCAGAUGGCCAUGAGAGAUCUCACCCGGAAGGGGGCGCCACUCUGGGAGUACUACGAAGAGAUACUUCAGCAGGAGCAAGGCCUCACUAUGCAGGUACAUCAGCAUGAGCCUGCGGUGCCCCUUCUCUUCGCCUACUCAGCCUCAGACAAGAUCGCGCCGGCGGCGCAGAUCGAGCGCUAUGCCACCGAGUGCGAGAUCCGUCAAGCGCAGAUGGCCGUAGACAAGACGGUGCCCCCGCCACGGCAGCUCCGUUUUGAGAACUCCGCCCACGUGUCGCAUCGAGCAGGGCCGACAGAGGAGGAAUACUGGAAGACUGUCCACGACUUCUGGCGACAAGCUCUCUUUUCUUGACCUUGUUGAAGGCGCACUGCAAGGAGGCAGAAAUCAUGUCACA